UCAUUAAAAUUCUCAUUCACUAAUUAUCCACACAAACAAAAACAUUCUCAUCCUAUUAUAUAUUAUAUAUUAUUAUUAUCAUGGAUGAACAAUCACACCAGGUAGUUAUCGAUCAUGGCGAUCACGAUUAUCAUCACAAUAAUAGUAAUCAGUACCCAAAAUACAAAGGAGUUCGAAAGAGAAAAUGGGGGAAAUGGGUUUCUGAGAUUAGGCUUCCGAACAGCCGUGAGAGAAUAUGGCUUGGGUCGUACGACAUGGCCGAGAAGGCGGCCAGAGCUUUCGACGCCGCCCAGUUCUGCCUCAGGGGGCCCGACGCCCACUUCAAUUUCCCCGACACUCCUCCGGACAUCGCCGGUGGCCAGUCACUCACUCCCCAAGAGAUUCAAGUCGUCGCGGCUAGGUUCGCCAAUGACUUCUCAAUCAUCACUGCUACUACUAAUUGCCAUGGUAAUAAUUUGCAGGAACAACCAAACCCUAGCUACGAUGAUCCACCGGAUCAGUCCGGUGGCGAGCCCUCUCGCAGGGGAUCAUCGUCUGAGGAUGUUCGUGUUCGUGAUGAUGAUGAUGGCUUUUCCAACACGGACUGGUCGUUGUUCAACUUUUUGGAUUAUUCUUCGAAUAAUGAUGAUACUUAUUAUAAUAGCAAUAUUCACGGCGGCCACUACCAUGGAAGUGCAGGUGGUUAUUAUGAUGAUUUUGACCCUUUUUCUGGGAUUGAAGAUGAUGAUCAUCCGAUUAUUCAGUACUCAGGUGACUCGAUUCUUCAAGCUGCAACAGCUGAUGAUCAUGAUAACAACAUCACUACUAAUACUGCUACUCAUGAUCAAGAUUACCCUUUUACUACUUCUCAUUAUUAUGAUUCCCACUCCUCAUUUCUUUGGAACUUUUAGCCUAUAAAUAUAGUUAUAUCUAUAUAUAUAUAUAGUUCACAUAUAUAUAUAUAUGUAUCAGCAUGGCUCCUGGUCAUUUUAGCAGCCGGGAUAGCUGCAAAUGGUUCUCGCCACUUCUCACAUUUCGUCUAUAUAUACAGUGAAUUGUAUAAUUGUAAUGUGUAUCGAUAUAUAGACGUAUAUUUAUAUAUAUGUGUUUGUGUGUGUGUUAUUAGGCUCCUUUUUUGGGGGUGUAUCUAUAUAUGUUAAAUAAAGUACUA